ACCUCAUUUAUCCAUUUCUGCAAUCUCUCUCUCUCUCUCUCUCCCCUAGGGCUAGGGCUUCUCUGCUCUGUCUUAAUCUCUCUUGAUUUUGCUCCUAAACUCUCUCUCAGAGGCAUCAAUGGCUCAGCAGGAAGUCCAGAACGGCGGUUCCGCCAAGGCUGACGUGGAGGUAACUUUUACGGCUGUGAAGCCUCAGCUGUUGAUUGAAGCACCUAAGGCAAAUGAUGCCGUUCAGUUCUACAAGGCAGCGUUUGGAGCCGUGGAAGCUGGUCGUAUAACUCAGCCUAAGCGCAAGGCUGAACAGGAGCUCCCUCACAUUAUCUCAGCUCAGCUCCAACUUGCUGGCACAACCAUUAUUGUCUCUGACCUUGUUGAUGACUCUGCACCGGUGAAGACUGUGGGGACCGGAAUCUCUCUCUGCUUGGAAACUGAGGACAUUGAAACUGCUAUAUCCAAGGCCGUGUCUGCGGGAGCUGUGGCCGAGGGAGAGAUUGUCGAGGGAGAUGGAGCUUACUAUGGUGGUGGUCGCGUGGGCAAGGUGAAGGAUCCUUACGGUUUAGUGUGGGUCAUUUCCUCCCCGGCCAAGAAGUCGAUUACUGAUGCGGAAGUUUAGUAGCCGUUCGAUCCGAUCGCGAUCCUGACUUUCUAUUAGUUGUAGUUCUUCUUACUGGUCUGUUAUAUUUAGGUUUAGUCUUGAAUGCGACGAUGGAGGUCGCGCCUUGCUAUUGAAUACUCGAGUUCAGGGUGGAUGUUUUGGUAAUUUUGAUAAAAAGCAAGACUUCGUGGAAUUAACUGACAGAUGGCAGUUAUUGACUUUAAAAUUAGUAUUAUUGUUGUUUCUUAAGUGGAAGUAUCGUUAUGUCAAAAAAAAAAAUUGAGAAGUAUCGUUUUGUUGUUA